AUGAAUAUAUUUAAACAUUUAUCCAUAUACCCUACCGAUUUCAGUCCAACAUACGUCAUUACAGCGCCAGAUGUGUUCCGUGUGGAUUGUGACGUCACGGUGUCUGCGGAUUUGGUGGAUAUAGAGAAUGUCUCUAUACGUCUUACUCUGCAGCAGUAUCCUAACCGGGAAACAACAUACCAAACUGUUGAUUUCAUGGCUUCUUCAGGUAUAAACAGGGUGAAACUGCGAAUCAACCACGCCCAUUUUAAUGACAGUAGUGGUGACGUAGAACAUGCCUACCUGGUGGCGACCUCUACCGAUCCAAGGAUGACGUUUUCUCAGGAGUCGGUAAUCCUUGUGAGCAGGGUGUCUGGCUUUAUCUUCAUACAGACAGACAAACCAAUCUAUACCCCUGAUCAAGAAGUAAAGAUCAGAGUUGUUUUGCUGAAUGAGGACAGAUUACCGAGUUCGGAACCUAUAAUUAUCGAUGUCAAGAAUCCCCAGGGUAUUAUAGUACAGCGGUGGAACUCCUCGUGGUCCAGGCGUUUUAUCGCCCACACAUUUGAGUUACCAGACAUUCCUUUCCUUGGCAACAACUGGACCGUAGAAGCUUCUCUUACAAGCAAUAAUGCACUCCAGACAACUGCUGUGUUUGAAGUAACUGAAUAUGUAUUGCCUCGAUUUUCCGUAGACAUCGAUGUUGGGGAUACAGCGAUCAUCCUACCCACAACUGAUCAAAUUGAAGUAACUGUCAAGUCCAGAUAUAUCUAUGGAAAGAUGGUCCGCGGUGAGGCAUUUCUUUCUCUGGGGGUCCAAGUCGAUGGUCGAUACGAGAUGUGCCAUUUCAGACUUAAUCAGAUGCUGUCCUCUGGUGUAGCUACAUUCAAUGUUAGUAUGGAGGACGUGUCAAACAGUCUUCAGCCCUACUGGUUUCCGGACGGAGCCAGGUUACAUAUCGAGGCAGAGGUGAUGGAUCAAGCCUCAGGCCGCAAAGAAAAGACAUUUGAUUGGUCAAUUGUCUUUGCACUGCGACCAUUCAGAAUAUCAGUUGAAAAAACCAGGUUCUACUUUAAACCAGGAUUGAAUCAUGAAAUUCAAAUACAUACCAAUUGGGUCAAUCGUCAGAAGGCCAUACAUAUUCCACUUUCACUGGCUGCAACGCGUACGUCUAAGUAUGGGGUAUCAGAGGAGGACCCUGUCCAACGCCUGACGACGGAUGAUGACGGGAAGGCGGUGUACACAAUCAGUACAAGGACGCUGGACGACAGAAUACAGUUUAGGAUUAAAACAAAAGAUAUGCGCUUUGAAGCAGGUCAACAAGCAAGUUUAACGGUGGAUAUCACUGCAAUGAGAACAACAUCUCGUGCUUAUAUCAAUAUCCAGGCAACUAAGAGCCAAGACGACCUUCAAGUCAUCAUCUUCACCAGUGAAAUAUUUACGAGUAACAUAACUUACAUGGUAUUGGGUCAAGGAAAGAUCCUUACUUCCGCCUCUGUUACGAUCUACAGUGGUAUCCAUGCUAUUAUAAUACCUAUACAACCCGCCAUGACACCUCGGUGUAGAGUCCUGGCUUAUUUUAUCAAACAGACUCCCCUGGGACAGGAGAUAGUAUCAGACUCUGUGGAGAUGAAUAUCGAGGGAAUGUGUAAAACUAAGGAGCUAACCACCAGCAUAGACGAUGAAGUCGUCCUCCCAGGGCAGUCAUCUGUCCUCAGGGUGGCUGGUGCCCCGGGGGCCACCGUGGGGUUCCUCGCUGUGGAUAAAGCUGUUUAUUUACUGCAAGAGAAAGGAAUUCUGACAAAACAAAUGAUUUUUGAGGAUUUUGAUAAACACAGUACAGACUGCGGGUCAGGAGGAGGCUACAGUUCUCAUCAAAUAUUUCAGGAUUCGGGUUUAACGGUGAUCUCCAAUAUCUACAUCCGGAUCUCGCGCCGUGACCACACAGUUUGUAACAGAAUCUCCAGAAGACGCCGAUCAUCGGACGAAUUGACAAAUAUAAUUGACACCCAUCCUUGCUGUGUGGCCGGGGAUCUUUUUGGGAGAAAUAUAACAAACCCGGUGGAAUGUUUUGAAGAAGGAAAAACGGUUUUCAAUUUAACUGGAAGUACGGGUUGUUCCAAGGUUUUCUACAAAUGUUGUAAACGCUUUUUGCCGUCUGGCCCAGCCUACACAGGAAAGACAGUCAAUGAUGAGGGAAAGGAGUACACAUUCCGGGAUAUCGACAGUCAAUCACAGCUGUUAAUGCGAUCUUAUUUCCCGGAAUCCUGGCUAUUUGAGGAAGCAAACUUAGAUACUGAUGGUAACCACACAGAACUCUUGCAGACGCCCCACUCCAUCACAAGUCACAUGAUACAAGCACUCUCCCUGUCGUCUGCUCACGGAUUGUGUGUGGCGGAUCCAGCUGAGAUUGUCGCUUACCAAGAUUUCUUUGUAGAUGUCGACCUUCCCUACAGCAUUGUUAGAAUGGAACAAACCGAGAUCCGCGCCACCAUUUACAACUACCGAAACACUAGUCUGCCGUGUCGAAUCUAUAUGAAUACCACCGAUGAAAUUUGUUCCUCUAAAACCAGUACGAUAUCUGUACGAGUUAAUUCCAAUGAUGCAGAAACCGUCAGAUUUCCCAUAGUUCCUCUACGUGCUGGGAAAUUUCCAAUAGAAAUCAUCGUAAGAUCUGUCGGUGUAGGUGAUUGGGUGCGAAAGAUCGUCUAUGUGAUCAAUGAAGGAAAAGAAGAGAGGAAAACCGUUUCCUUUUGGGUUGAUCCUCACCUUCAGAAAGGGAGACAACACCAACAAGGAGAUUUACGAGUGAAUAUUUCACAUCCACAGACGACUUUAGGACUACAGAAGACGGACGUGGACCUGGUCCUUCCAAAAGAUACCAUUCCAGGCACCGAGCAAUGCCAAGCAGGCGCUACAGGAAAUAUAAUGGACUCCGUUGUAUUGACGGCUAUUGAUGACGUAGAUCAGUUAUUGAAUAGAAUUCCACAUGGAUGUGGGGAACAGACGAUGAUCACUUUAGCGCCAAUAGUAUAUGCACUGAAAUACUUACAUGGAACAAACCAAAUUCAGGACCAUCACAAAGUACGCGGCCAGAGAGUCAUAAGUAGAGGUUUCCAGAAGUUACUUCGCUUUCGAAAAACUAACGGCUCUUUUGCAGUAUGGCCCCACAAACCCUCAAGUACGUGGCUGACUGCAUUUGUUCUGCGGGUCCUCUGUGAAGCCCAGAAGUACUACCACAUAGAUGAACAGAUUCUGUGCUCGGGGAUACGUUAUAUCUUAUCUAAACAACGUUCUGACGGAGCGUUUGAUGACGAGGCACCAGUGUACCAUAAAGAAAUGCUGGGAGGUAAUAUUGGAGACAUUUCCAGAACUGCCUUCAUCUUGAUUUCUAUCCAGGGAUGUAGCUGUAAACCCGAGGGAUCCGCCAUCAACAUACAGAGGGCUGUACAGUACCUAAAGACCAAUUUAUUCUACGCCAGGAGGCCUUAUUCCAUAGCUAUAACUACGUACGCCCUGGCACUAUCUAAUAGCGACGGAAAACAGGCCGCCAACAGAAGAUUAAAACGCCUGGCUAAAAAUAAAUUCUUCUCGACAACUGGAGUAGACGGUUUCAGAUAUUGGGAGGAGGAGACCGAGGAUGUCAGCGAGGUUUACACGUCGCCAUGGUAUCGGAGGAACACUCCUGCCAUCAAUGUGGAAGUGACGUCAUAUGCCCUUCUCGCACAGAUAGAGCUCAACGAUCUGGAAUAUAGCAAGAAUAUUGUAGAGUGGCUGCUUGAUAAAAGACAGUCAUCAAAAGAAUUUGUUUCAACACAGGAUACCGUGGUAGCCCUCCAUGCUUUAUCGUUGUACAACAUAAGGACGCAUGCUCGAGACAUCAACCUUAACAUAUCUUUGUCCAGUAGCAGUAAUUCCGGCUUCCAGAAAGAUUUGGUUUUGUCGCAGCACGAUGCACUGGUUCAAAAAUCUGUUGACAAUGUUCCCGUCAAUGGUAAACUGGGCGUGGUUUCCCGUGGUAAUGGAGUUGCCCGGAUGGACGUGGAGGUGCGGUAUAAUGUUAACGUCAGUGACAGUGACCUUUGUAAGUUCAGUGUAGAGGUUUUCGACAAACCGGUCAAACUGGACCUGCUGGUGGAGAAAGGCUUCACUCCUGACGACCUCCAUUGUGACGUCUGUGGCUAUUGUUCGCCUGUCGACCCUAAUGAGUUUUCGGAAGUUUCAGACAAAUACAAUGUACCUGAUCUUGCUCCCAGAAUUCGGGGUUUGUCUUUCUCUCGUGUACCAAGAUCAACAAGUGGGCAACAGACAAGCAAACGGAUCGUCUGCCUAGAAAUUUGCGUCAGUUACCUUGGAUACCGGAGGCUAGAUAUGCCGGUGGUGGAUAUUGGACUACCUACGGGAUUCCGGGUCAUAGAAAGCGACCUCCAGAAGUUAAAAUCUAGCGGAGUUGCAGACAACUACGAAGUAUCAAAGAGAUCUGUUACACUCUACCUGGAUAAUAUACCCAGCCUAGACGAUCUGUGUUUUCAGUUCCGCAUGGUCCGAGAAUUCGACGUCGAAAACCUCCAGUCUGCAAAAAUAGAAAUAUACGACUACUAUCAAGAGGAGGAGAGAUGUAUGAAAUUUUACAGUCUAAUAUACGAAGUGGCGGAUCUAGAUAUUUUCUGCAGUCGGGGUAAUUGCACGUGUAUCGAAGAUUCGUGUGCGGAAUCUUGGGACGCCAAACUACAGUACAAACAGAUCUCCCGAUCCCAGCUAUACCAGAGAACGUGUAACCUGUACGACUACGUGAUUAGGAUAGAGGUGACCAAUGUUAUCGUGUCUGGGAAUCAUCUGGUUUUCUCCUCCAGUGUCAAAUCUGUCAUCAAACCAGGCGAGGGUAACAUACAACGGAAUGAUGAGAUAGAGUUUUGGGUCAACCUCCGAUGUGAAACAGAUUUAGAGGUGGAUCAUCAUUACUUCGUCUACGGCAAAAAGAGCAUCGUGUACACAGACGAGAGGGGGCAUAAAAGAUACCGGUAUUACCUACAGGGAGAGACAGCUUUUUUUAAGGAUUACAUCAGGACUGAGUACGCCGUGGAUUCUAAUUUACGUUUCUGGGGUCGAUAUCUCCGGCGCCUGGAGCGCUACAUCAGAAUCCGUGGCUGCUAAACUGGAACUGUGUAAUUUUGUAAAUAUUAUUAGAUACUCUAUUUUAAUAUUGGUAACUGAACUGUAAAUUUAAAAUUGUAUGUUCGAUGUUAAAGUACAUGUACUUAAGUUUUUUAUUUAUAUAUUUAAUUGUCAUAUUUUAUCAAUCAAGGAAUUAAAAUACAGACCCUGUACA